AUGAAGAAAGAGCUGAACAGGAAUUACUCAUAAGUGAAUGAGUUCAUUCUGCUGGGAUUCAGAACAGCUCCAGACAUACAGAUUCUCUUAUUCUUACUCUUCUUGCUCAUUUACAUGGUCAUUGUGGUGGGAAAUAUUAGCAUGAUAAUUGUCAUUAAAAUAGACUCCAAACUUCAUACACCUAUGUAUUUCUUUCCCAGAAACUUGUCCUAUUUAGAUCACAGUUACUCCACAGUCAUUGCUCCCAAAACUCUGGCUACUUUCUUGUCAAAGGACAAGAAAAUUUCCUACAAUGGCUGUGCAACACAGUUCUUUUUCUUCGCUCUCUGUGUUGGGACCGAAGGCUUUCUUCUGGCCGUUAUGGCAUAUGAUCGCUUCUCCGCCAUUUGCUCGCCCUUCCUCUAUCCUGUACAUAUGUCUCAACAGGCUUGUGCUCGUUUGGUGAUUGGUUCCUAUAUAUGUGGAGGCGUUAACUCCAUGAUACAAACAGGUUUCACCUUCAGUUUGCGUUUCUGUGGAGAAAACAGACUGGACCACUUUUUCUGUGACGUUCCAGCCCUGAUCAAGAGCUCUUGUGAUGACACUUUUGUGAACGAGAUUGUGCUGUUCAUUCUCUCUGCCCUCAUCAUCAUCACCACCACAACUGUCAUUCUGGUUUCCUAUGCUUAUAUUCUAUCCACUGUCUUGAAGAUCCCCUCCACCCAUGGCAGGAGUAAGACUUUCUCCACUUGCAGCUCUCACAUCACUGUGGUGAGUUUAUUCUAUGGUACUGUGUUCUUCAUGUCCUCACCAGAAAAAAGCAAGAUUAUAGCUGUGUUCUAUACUCUUAUCAUCCCUAUGUUAAAUCCACUGAUUUAUAGUCUAAGGAACAGAGAGGUGAAAAAUGCUGUGAAAAGAGUAUUGUUAAAAAAAUUAUCUUUUCACUGA